UGGGACAUGGCACAGCCAUGGGGUAUGACAGCCACAGGGCAUGGCACAGCCACCGGGCAUGGCACAGCUGUGGGACAUGGCACAGCCAUGGGGUAUGACAGCCACAGGGCAUGGCACAGCUUUGGGACAUGGCACGGCCACAGGGCACAGCACAGCUGUGCAUUAUGGCAUGGCCAUGUCCCUGCCCAGUGUCAAGUGGCUCUGGCCACCAGCUGGCAGCCCCCAGCAGCACCUGCAGCACCCCCACAUCCCUGCACAAGGGCCGCCCCUGCUCCCUGAUGUGGGGUCAGGGUGGCACCAUCUCCCACCCUCAUUCCCCGGCACCUCAGUGUUCCCAGGCUUCCCGCUGUGCCCAGAGUAGGAGGAGUCUCUCGGAGCACGAGGCCUGAGGGGACCCAAACCCCUCCGAGCCGUGCCAGGGUGGGGAGCUGGUGGCCUGACCGUGUCCCCCCAGCCAUGAGCCGCCGCGUGGUGCGCCAGAGCAAGUUCCGGCACGUGUUCGGGCAGCCGGUGAAGGCAGACCAGAUGUACGAGGACAUCCGUGUCUCCAAGGUGACAUGUGACAGCUCCUUCUGCGCUGUCAACCCCAAGUUUGUGGCCAUCAUUGUGGAGUCCGGCGGUGGCGGGGCCUUCAUUGUCCUGCCCCUCGCCAAGACAGGACGGGUGGACAAGAACCACCCGCUGGUCACGGGACACACGGCGCCCGUGCUGGACAUCGACUGGUGUCCCCACAACGACAACGUCAUCGCCAGCGCCUCGGAGGACACCACUGUCAUGGUGUGGCAGAUCCCCGACUAUGUCCCCGUGCGCAACAUCACGGAGCCCGUGGUGACACUGGAGGGACACUCCAAGCGGGUGAGCAUCAUCUCCUGGCACCCCACCGCCCGCAACGUCCUGCUCAGCGCAGGCUGUGACAACCUGGUGAUCCUCUGGAAUGUGGGGACUGGGGAGAUGCUGCUGGCUCUGGAUGACAUGCACACUGACCUCAUCUACAACGUGGGCUGGAACCGCAACGGCAGCCUCCUGGUCACCACCUGCAAGGACAAGAAGGUCCGUGUCAUCGACCCCCGCAAGCAGCAGAUCAUAGCGGAGAAAACCAAACCGCACGACGGCACCCGCCCCAUCCGCGCCAUCUUCGUGGCCGAUGGCAAGAUCUUCACCACGGGCUUCAGCAGGAUGAGCGAGCGGCAGCUGGGCCUCUGGGACCUGGAGAGGUUUGCCCCCCACGAAGGGCUGAGGCCCGUGCGGGCCAUCUUCACGCGGGAAGGACACAUCUUUACCACGGGCUUUACCAGAAUGAGCCAGCGGGAGCUGGGCUUGUGGGACCCGAAUAACUUUGAGGAGCCCAUUGCCCUGCAAGAGAUGGACACGAGCAACGGGGUCCUGCUGCCCUUCUACGACGCCGAUUCCAGCAUCGUCUACCUCUGCGGGAAGGGUGACAGCAGCAUCCGGUACUUCGAGAUCACGGACGAGGCUCCCUACGUGCACUACCUGAACACCUACAGCAGCAAGGAGCCCCAGCGGGGCAUGGGCUUCAUGCCCAAGCGUGGGCUGGAUGUCAGCAAGUGUGAGAUCGCCAGGUUCUUCAAGCUGCACGAGCGCAAGUGCGAGCCCAUCGUCAUGACGGUGCCACGCAAGUCAGACCUCUUCCAGGAUGACCUUUACCCUGACACGCCAGGCCCCGAGCCAGCCCUGGAGGCAGAUGAGUGGCUGUCAGGGAAGGACGCAGAGCCCAUCCUCAUCUCGCUGCGGGAUGGGUACGUGCCCAUCAAGAACCGGGAGCUGAAGGUGGUCAAGAAGAACAUCCUGGACAGCAAACCCCCGCCAGGCCCCCGACGCAGCCACUCCACCUGUGACUCCGACUUCUCUCAGCCAGCCUUGGAGGAGGUGCUGGAGGAGAUCCGUGCCCUGAAGGAGACGGUCCAAGCGCAGGAGAAGCGCAUCUCCGACCUGGAGAACAAACUCGGCCAGUUCACCAACGGCACGGACUAGCGCGGUGGCCACGGCCACGACCACGGGCAGGGCCAGGACUGCCCCGGCCUCCCGGGGAUUAAAGCCGAGUCCCCACCUUG